AUGGCACCACCACAUCCCGAUCAGCGCGUUCUAUGCGUACGAGACGAGGUAGCGGAGCUCGAACGACGACUACGUGAUGCGAAAGCGCGGUUGAGUCCAGAAUGUAGAGACGCGACAUCGACACCCUCGUCGGCGGUGACGGGUGAUGCUACAGCAGCCCUCCAUGCUCUUCUCCUCCUUUCCGACUCGGCCCUACCUCUAGGUUCGUUCGCGUUUAGCAGUGGCUUGGAGUCUUAUCUUGCGCAUCACAAGCCGUCGCCGCCGUCGGCCUCGCAGGUACCGGCGUUUAACACGUUUCUCUGCCUCUCGUUGUCGACACUUGCAAGUACAUCGCUGCCAUAUGUACUGGCUGGAUAUCGCAAUCCGGGUGAUAUCGAGACGCUGGAUAAUGACUUUGACGCGAGUACACCGUGUACGGUUGCGCGACGAGCAAGCAUAGCACAAGGACGAGCAUUACUCGCGGUAUGGGAUCGGAGUUUCCGACCACAAUAUACAACCCAGGACGGCUCCGACCCAGCGGACACGACACCAGCAUUAAAGGCGCUCGCAACCUUUUCCGCCGGACUCCGCUCCUCGGAGCACAUCAACGUGCACCUGGCCCCGCUCUGGGGUCUCGUUACAAGCAUCCUGGCCGUCCCGCUGCAACAGGCGGCUUACCUGUUUCUAUUCUCGCACGCGCGGACGGUGGUUAGUGCGGCGGUUAGGGCGAGCGUCAUGGGGCCGUAUCAGGGGCAAGCGGUGCUUGCCAGUGGGGAGCUGCAGGAUAGGAUACGCGGGUUGGUGGAUGAGGGGUGGGAGAGGGGGGUUGAGGAUGCGGGACAGAGUGUUCCGGUUAUGGAUCUUUGGGUGGGGAGGCAUGAGAAGUUGUAUUCGAGGAUAUUCAAUUCUUGA